UAAUUUCAUUGUUCGUUUCCGGUCGGAGCUGUAUCCCUUCUAGCCACAACCCCAGCAACACACAAAACCGAUUGAACGGAAGAUCAGAAACUCUUGCUUAGAUUUACUAACUUGAACUUACCCUUUAGCCAGAAAGUGAGUCAUGUCGGUGAAUUACGCCGCGGGACUCUCUCCAUAUGCGGAUAAAGGCAUCUGCGGCCUCCCGGAGGAGUUUGACAGCCCAGAGGAGCUGAAGACUAAAGUGGAGAUAUGUAUGUCCAUAGGUCCAAAAGGAGUGUGGACGAUGGAGGAGAGAGGUGAGACACCUCACUUUAACACCACGUUUGAGGACGCGCGUCCCAGCCUGACUCACAUGGCCCUGCUGCAGCUGCAGAGGACAGGACACCUCAAAUACCUCAUCAGCCAGAACGUAGACGGCCUUCACCUGCGCUCCGGCUUCCCCAGGGAUCGAUUGUCAGAGCUGCACGGGAACAUGUUUGUUGAAGAAUGUGAGAAGUGCGGCAAGCAAUAUGUUCGGGACACUGUAAUUGGAGUGAUGGGUCUGAAGCCAACCGGACGCUACUGCGAUGUCACACGCUCAAGAGGACUCCGAUCUUGCAGAGGGAAGCUGAUCAGCACUAUAUUGGACUGGGAGGACUCACUGCCUGACAGAGACCUGAGUAGAGCUGAUGAAGCAUGUCGGCGAGCUGACUUGGCCUUGACGCUGGGAACAUCUCUUCAAAUUAAACCUAGCGGAGAUCUGCCUCUUCUAACCAAACGCACCGGAGGGAAGCUGGUUAUAGUCAACCUUCAGCCUACCAAACAUGACAAACACGCCCACCUGCAUAUCCGCGGCUAUGUAGACGAGGUCAUGGGUCAGCUGAUGAAGCUGCUGGGAUUGGAGGUUCCAGAGUGGGCGGGGCCAAUGCUGUGUGAAAGUUCAGGUGGAGACCAGGACAUCCUCCCAUUCGGAGCCUGGAAAAAGGAAGUGAAGAUCGAGCUGAAAAUAGAGGAAAAUAAACACGCCGUCCCAAAAAAACGAAAGAAGAAAGAGCAGGAUGGCGAGAUAAACUGCAAGAAAGAUGUUAAAGUAGAAGAAGAGGUAAAGGAGGCAUCGUUUAGGGACUCUAAACCAAUCAAAACGCAGACGUCGUCCUGUGAGGCGCAACCUUUAAACGGCUCCUCCCAUAAUCCUACAAGUUCUUCUGCCGUGAAUGAAACGGACGCAGAACCACAGACAGACACUGAACAGCCCUCUUCCUAGAGCCCUAUCACAAUCAGAGAGAAACUGAAUCACAAAUCUCAGGAAGUGUGGUCACUAUAUGCCCCGUGUUUACAUCAUCAUGAGGAAAACCUGGGCUCAGGCCUGUUAGAUGAAGUGAGGUGAUGAAGUGAUGCCAUUGAGCCGUGAGUGUGUACCAUUACAGCUAGUGGAUAAAUUAGGUGGAUAUAUUUUCUGUUUGUCAGCUAAUCUGUGCAGUUUUUGUGGAUAGAGGUUUUGGUGAAUCAUGGUUUUGUAUUGUAAAAUAAACAUAACAUGAUCUUUUCUACCCUCAAAUAAAUCAGGUUAGUAAAAACAAGGUUCACUGCACAAAACAUGUCUAUCAUAGUUCACCCUAAAAUCAAAACAUUUUAUUAUUUUUAUAAUAGACUGUAUA